GCGUACGGAAUGUUAAUUUACUUCCGGGUUUUUAGAUAGAAGAAGAAAAACAUACCUCAAUCAAAUUUUUGAUGUUGAUUCAUUUGUGAUUGGCAAACCAUUUCGAUUUUUUGCACACACGUUUUUUGUUUACUGUGAAUAACAGGUGCAUUGCUUUAAAAAUGCACAAAAUGGGGAAAUUGAAGGGUUUUGAGAUUGUUUUGAAUGAAAAUAAGGCAGUGUUCCACCCAGGUGGUAAAAUUGUUGGAAAAGUAAUAGUGGAAUUAAAAGGAGAUAUGAAAAUGAGGUCAUUAAGGAUAUUUAUGAGAGGUGUUGCAAAAGUUCACUGGACAGAAUCAAGAAGUACAGGGAGCCGUCUUGGCUCAUACACAGAACAUUUUAAUGCUGAGGUGGAAUAUUUCUUUAAAAGACAAGUAUUGUUUGGAGGGGAAGUGUCAGAAGGGAGAGAUGUGCUGACUGAAGGAAGACAUGAGUUUAAUUUUGAGUUUGACCUUCCAAUGGGGGGCAUAGCCACAUCAUUUGAAGGUAAACAUGGCAAUAUAAGAUACUGGCUGAAAGCAGAAAUGGACAAACCUUGGGGAUUCAACAAUAAAACAAAGAAAGCCUUCACAGUUAUAAGUCCUAUAGAUAUAAAUAAGCCAGAAUAUCAGGUAUGUGUUGAGAGCAGUGUGGAAAAGACACUAUGUUGCUGGUUGUUUACUUCAGGACCUAUAUCUAUCACAGCAAGAACUGACCGCAAAGGUUAUUGCCCAGGUGAAUCAAUAGCUAUAUCAGCGGAAUUUGACAAUCUGUCAAAACGUACAGUGAUACCCUACGCCACCUUAUACCAGACACAAGCAUACUUUGCCAGUGGUAAAUCACGGGUCAGAAAGACCAAAUUUACUGUCCUCACAGGUUUGCCAGUGGGACCAGGAACUAGAGGAAGCUGGGACUCACAACUUCUCAAGAUACCAGCAGUCUCACCUUCCAUUAUAAAUUGUUGUGUUAUGAAAGUGGACUACUUUGUCAAGGUUGCCCUUCAUAUCCCUGGUGCGUACAAUUUGACCAUGCAUUUACCAAUCAUGAUUGGAACGGUGCCGUUUCGACGUGGAGUUUUCAAUUUUACUGACUCAAAUUUCUACAGGGAGACUCAAGCUCAUUAUAAUGCCAUGACAUUUCUUGGACUUCCAAAUCCACCACCAUACCGUGAAACCAUUACCCCACCACCACCUUUUGAAGACCCACCAACAUAUGCAGAAAGUGUAAGUGGCGCUGUCAAUUUAUGGGACGAAGAUGAUGACAGAAAUAACCCCGAGGAGAAUAUGGGUGAUCUCACUUACACACCGUUAUACACAUAUGUGUACAACUACAGACCACCACCAAACUACACAGAAGUUGCACAGUCCGACCAAAAUGAGAUUGUAUUCCCGCCUGAUCUAGAGGUUAUAAAUGGAGGAUCAUGAUGACAGCACCAAAACAUACUCUAAAACAGUUGUUUUUAUUGGUUGACCAAGCUGUAAGCCUGUAUGUGAUUGGUUAAACUGAUUCUGGUUGUUACCUGUCUUAGACUUUUUGUGAAAGUCAAUUUGAUUGGUUGACCAAGAUGCAAGGUUGAUUCUGAUUGGUUUCAAGGAGGUUGCUUGCAGUUAUUCUCAGCAUGGCAUGCUUUUUUUCAAGAAAGCAAAUCCUGCGAGAAAUAACAUUUAAAAAAAACAAAAA